UUGGCAAUCUAUAACAUAACCUCAAUUUUAUUUUGUAAAUGAUUCCCACAUUUAUUUUAUGUUUUAUGUUUUAAUAAUAAAUUAAUUAUUAUUUUGCAAUGGUCGUCUUUACUUGUAAUCAUUGCGGCGAAACCGUGCACAAACCAAAAGUGGAAAAACAUUACCAGUUCCAAUGCAGAAACUACAAAUAUUUGACUUGUGUGGAUUGCUUCAAAGAUUUCAGAAAUGACGAGUAUAAUGUUCAUACAAAAUGUAUUACUGAAGACGAAAGGUACGCUGCAAAAGGUACUUACAAAAAUGGCAUCUUUAAAAAAGGGGAUGCCAAGCAAGAAAGUUGGCUGGAGAUGAUCAAGUCAAUAUGCGAGGCUGAAAAGAAUCUGAAGCCUAGCUUGAGACAACUUUUGCAAACUAUUUCUGAGUAUGAAAAUGUACCUAGGAAGAAAGUAAAAUUCAUUAAUUUCAUCAAAAGUUCUUCUGGAGGCAGAGCUAAUAUGAGAGAUGUUGAAGAAGCUUGGGACAUCAUUGAAAAACAUAAGGUUGCAAAUUUCAAUAAACCCACUGAAACUAACAACAAGAGAAAAGCUGAUGAAGAAACCAAUGAUACCGAAACCGUUACUAAGAAGAAAAAAGAAUCUGCUGCUGAAAUUGAAGAAAAUGUUACUACUGAAAAAUUUGAUUACAAAGCUAAAAUUUUGGAAAUAUUAGCAGAAAAGCAAACCAUCUCUCAGAAAAAGUUGCAAAAGAAAAUUGUGAGAGCCUACAUGAAUGUAUCAAGAGAAACUGAAGAUAAAGCAAAAAUUAUUAAAAAACUAAACAAAAAAUUAAAAAAGAUUCCAAAUGUUCUCAUCGAAAAUGAUAAAGUAAUUUUGAAUACAUAAUAUGUAAAACCCAAUAAAUAAAAAAACAUUUCAUUACUUUUAUAAAGUAUUUUAUUACAUAUAUUCAGUACAAAAGCAAUUUUCAAGCAAACACAAGCAUAAAUAUUGCUGAUUUUAUAUUAUAGCCUUGUCCCAACUGAAAAAUAAAAACAAAUAAGCGCAUACAAAUUCAAUCUCCUUGGCACAAAGCCAUAAUAGUAAAAUUAAUAUCUUCAAGAUCUCUCUGUAUGAAUUUCUUGCAAACAUUACUAGCAUCCUCCAAAAACGUAUCAUCAGUAGUUGGCCCAUGAUUAAUAGGAAACUCCUUCCUACCAUCCAACUCAUAAAUGUUACCACCUUUGUGUACAAAAGCCACAAAAUGAUGGUUGACUUUGUCAUUUGGGUUAGCCUCAGUUUGCCCUUCCAUUGCCAACUCUUGAUGGGCAGUUAUCAGCUUGUAAGCUUCAGAAUUGGUGUCGAUAUUAGACAGCAUUUCGCCUUUGGCUUCUGGAGACAAAUUCUUAGAAUCUUCCAAGAUUUUUUUGAAAGGGCCAUCUUUUAAUUCCACUUUUUCAGCGUUAUUGGCAAUGCAAUGGAUCAAGGCGAUGCUGCCGCAAGCAUUUGGAAUGUACUGCUUCAUGUAAAACAAAUCGUCUGCUACAACUUGGCCUUUUUUCUUGAUUUCUUCUGCUUCUCCUUCUACGUAGUCAAGU